UACAUCGAAGCUUAAAGUCAGGGAUCUGCCCUGUUUGGUUACACACUAGAAUAGACAAGAAUCUACUAAGUUCCACACUACAAGAACCUAUUUAAUUUUACGGUUCUAUGGAAAAGUAUGAGAAUGACAAAAUCGCGCAACAAUAACACAUUUGCGGCACGUCAUAGGCGAAAGAUUGACCCCUUCGGCGAUUGUAGAAGCGAUGUUGAGCGGGCCACAGGAAUACGAGGCUGUCCGCCUCUUCUGCGAGCGAGUUAUGCUCGCAAAGGAGCGAGCAGAAAGGGAGAGAAAGAAAAACUCUCACCCUUGUAGGAUAAGGCGAUGGAGGGGGAUGGCGGUCAGGCGGCCUAGACCGCUUCAUCGCCGCCCCAACGGACCACGACUAGAAGGGAGGAUAACGCUAGAGGCAAUGGCCCCCCUAACGCCAAAUUCAACAGUCAGAGAAUUAUUAGGCCUGGCUCGAACAAGAGGACGCGAGAAGGAGGUGCAACAAAAGAUAAUUCAUAAGAGGUUCCUGGAGCACUCCUGUCAUACGCGUAGGAUGGUCAUCGUGGAGUUUUAGUUGGUAGGAGUCCGACACUACUCUGCUGUUAUCGGUUAUUAGCAGCAGCGGUGUGUCCAUGAGGAUUUCUCCCUUGCAAAAAAAGAAAAAAGAUUCAAAAUCGAUAUAUCUUGCCUCCAUUUGUCGAAUACAGGAAACAUUCGAUAAUUGUACAAAAAGAUCCUCUGCAUAAUUGCACACUUAAGCACUCACUCAUACUACGGCGGGAGAGGGGGUUCUUCUAACGCACCAAGAAGCUCGAUCAGAUAGUGUAACAUGAUCCAAUAUCAGAUAUCGCUGAAACAAUGUAUCUGGGUAUUAAUUUAUAAGUGAAACCUCUUUUAUUUUUUACUUUUCUAAAACUGAACUUUUACUAACGUAAAUCAUUAUUGCGUGAUUUUGUCAUUCUCAUACUUGUCUAUUUCAAAUAGAAAAGUAGAUAUGAACAUUUCCGUGGUACUGUACAACAGGUUCAAGGACAAAUUGGUUCUUAUAACGUGGAACUCAAUGGGUUCUUGUAUAUGCUAACUUUAAUUAACUUCAGCAUUUAGCCGCAUGGUGCAGCACCUGUUUUGUGAAAUAGCUAGAACUACGGGCGUGAGUAGUUUUAUUUCCUCGCUGCUAUCAGCUAGCUGGUUUAUGCUUUUAUCUGUCAUAAACGUAUUUGUAAAGUAUCGUGAUUAUAAUUAAUAACCAAAAUUAUUCAUUAUGCCAAUUUUGGAUAAACGUAAAGGAGAUGAUAUCUUAGCAUUAGUUCCUGCCUCAAAACGUACCAAAAAUGAGGUAGUCUUUAGUAGUAGAGAAAAAGCAGUUGUACAAAAUGGUCCACCUAGAACAUCUUCUCUAUUUGCACCUAUUAUGCUCCUUGAAGGACAUCAAGGAGAUAUAUUUUCUCUUGAAUUUCAUCCAGAGGGUCAAUAUCUUGCUUCCACAGGCUUUGAUAGACAAAUUUUUAUUUGGAAUGUCUAUGGGGAAUGUGAAAAUAUUUCUGUAUUAACUGGACAUAGUGGAGCGAUUAUGGAAUUACACUUUAGUCCUGAUGGCAAUCAUUUAUAUACAGCUAGUACAGACAUGACAUUAGGUUUAUGGGACAUAGCUGCUGGAACUAGAAUAAAAAAGCUCAAAGGUCAUACUUCCUUUGUAAACUCUGUGUCUGGAGCAAGAAGAGGCCUUACACAACUUUGUUCAGGUAGCGAUGAUAGCACAAUACGUGUUUGGGAUCCCAGAAAAAGAGGACAGUGUUAUACCCUAAAUAAUACAUAUCAGGUUACUGCUGUAACAUUUAAUGAUACAGCAGAACAAGUAAUAAGUGGAGGAAUAGAUAAUGAUAUAAAAGUAUGGGAUUUAAGAAAAAAUUCUAUUCUUUAUAAACUAAAAGGACAUUCUGAUACUAUAACUGGAUUAAGUCUUAGUCCGGAUGGUUCUUAUAUAUUAUCAAAUGCUGUAGAUAACACAUUAAGAAUUUGGGAUGUAAGACCAUUUGCUCCUUACGAACGUUGUGUAAAAAUUAUUUCUGGACAUCAGCAUAAUUUUGAAAAGAAUCUUCUGAGAUGUGCAUGGUCUCCAGAUGGUAGUAAAGUAUCAGCUGGAUCAUCAGAUAGAUUUCAUUAUAUUUGGGAUACUACAAGUCGUAGGAUAUUAUACAAAUUACCUGGUCAUAAUGGUUCCGUCAAUGAUAUUGACUUUCAUCCAAAAGAACCAAUUGUUUGCUCUGGGUCCAGUGAUAAACAAAUAUACCUGGGAGAAAUUGAAGCUGCACAAUAAGGAAAUUAAAAUUGAUUUUCACUUGAUUUUUAAAUUUAGAUAUCUAUAUAAAAUAAAAUGUGUAAUAAUAUUACAUGUAUAGAUCA